CCCAAAUUGUAUAGGACCAUAUCACAAAUAAUUUAAUGUAGGUAGGCCGUGAAUGGCCUCAAACUCCAGUACAGUAGGCGGCGGUGUAUGCAUCUUAAAUUGGAUGCGAUACACCAACACAAUCCAGAAGAAGUGGCAGUUUGACGUUUCAACAUGCAUGUGAUUUGUAUAUCCGAUCUUGUCUUCUCGAUUCGUUUUCAAUCGGUAGUUUAGCUUUCUGUAUGUGUGUCUUGUUCUUUCGAAACCUCAUCACGCUGCGUCUGGUGUGGAGAGAGGACUACCUAACCAGCCAGUGGGAUAGAUAUGCAGUAGCAACAACAAGGAUCGUGUGAAAUGAUGGGCUUUUUAUUUUUGUUUCACUACGAAUCAAAUCUAACCAAAAGCUUAAAUUGUUACAAGAAAAAAUAGACAGCGGUUGUGUAUAGAAUAGCACAGCAGACUUAGUUUUCAGCUUGUGGUUUUACCCACACCCCCUCUGAUCAGAUACAAAACGCACAUCAGGGAAAAUGGCGGACUUUGAGAAGGACGAAGGACUGCCCCAAACAAUGCAGGAAAACCAAGAUGACGAGGAGCCUCAAUAUACUGAUGACGCUAAGCCAAGCAAGACGCAAGACGACGCAAGUUUGGAGGAAAGGGUAAUUGAAGAGGUCAGAAGGUACAACAAUUUGUACAACACCUCAUUGAAAGACUAUAAAGACUUUACCAUGACCAACAACAGCUGGAAGGAGAUAGCCAAAACUCUGAGAGUAGAAGAACAGAUUUGCAGGACGAAAUGGAAGAACUUGAGAGACCGAUAUGUUCGACUGAGGAGAAAAAUGAAGGGGAAGAGUGGGGAUGCAGCGUCAGAAAUACAACCACAAAUACUCACCACGCUGUCCUGGCUGUCUGGCUUCAUUAAACACAAGGAGACGAAGGUAGAGGAGAUGGACACCUCAGAAGACCUGCAAGAUGACAACCUGAUCGAGCGGGACCACUUCCACAGUUCUAAUAAUGAGCAGCAAGAUGGACAUUUUGUAGUUCGGAGUAAAAUACGAGCUAGAGCUCCCGGAAAGAGAACACCAUCACAUAGCAAAACAGUACAGGAGAAGGAAGAGGAGCCCCUAGAUACUGAUGACUCUGAUGAUUGGAUUGAGGGUUUCAGUCCUGGAGGAGAGAAGCCACACUAUUGCUUUGACUGCGGUAAGAACUUUAGAAAAGUGAGGGAUCUUAUAAGACACCAGAGAUCACAUACUGGAGAGAAGCAUCACCACUGCCCUGUUUGUGACAAAAGUUUUGCUCAAUUGGAUAAGCUUAAAUUACACGCAAAAAGACAUAUGAAAGAGGAACAUGUCACACGGCUCGAACAGGCUGGACUGAAUGUAGACCGUGUGAACACACCGCAGAGAACAGCCAGCAGAGGCAGGCAGAAGAGUCAAAUUCGAGCUAGUGCACCAGGGGGGGAAAUGGUCCAGUCACAGCCAGGCAAAGACUCGCCUUGCAAAAGUUCUGUUAGAAAGAAUCAACAUGUAGAAAAAGGACAACAACCCCAAACAUCACAGGAGAAUGAAGAGGAUCCUGAAGGUACUUCUGAUAACUGGACCGAGAGUUUCAGUACUGUAGAGAAGCCCUACAUCUGCUCCGACUGUGGUAAGAGCUUCAAACAAGAGAAUCGUCUUAUAAGACAUCAGAGAACACAUACAGGAGAGAAGCCUUACGACUGCCCUGACUGUGACAAAAGUUUUGCUCGAUUAGAUAAUCUUAAAUUACACCAAAAAACACACAUGAAGGAGGAACGUAAUUUCCGCUGCUCUGACUGUGUGAAAAGCUUUGUCCUAUUGGAACAGCUUGAAAAACAUCAGCUAACACACAAGAAAAGUUACAGCUGUUCAAAGUGUGAGGAGAGGUUUUCAGACCUGGUUGACUGGAAAGCACACUUUUUAGUACACAGAGAGAUCCUCCACUGUCCUGACUGUGACAAGCAGUUCUUGUACAGGGGACUUUUUGAAAGACACAGGAGAACACAUUUGAGAAAAAUAGAAACAUUUCUCUGCACAAUAUGUGGGAAGGAGUAUCGCAACAUCAAAAUACACAUGCGAGUACACACUGGAGAGACACCGUAUCACUGCACUGAGUGCGGGAAGAGUUUUCCAUACAUAAAAUCGUACCAAAGACACAUACUAACACAUACCUCUGGAGAAAGAGCAACCUAUCCUUGUUUGGAAUGCGGAAAGACAUUUACUCGCAAAGAUGGCAUGGUGAUGCAUGUGAGGAGGGUUCAUACUGGAGAGAGAAAUCAUCAGUGCAGAUACUGUGGAAAAAGAUUCUUUCGAAAAGAGAAACUUAAGGUACACAUGCUAGUUCACACUGGAGAGAAACCAUACCAAUGCUCGGUCUGUGGGCAACGCUUCUCCCAAGAUGGUGACAGAAAACACCACGAGAAGAGGCACUACUCUGGUGUCUCAGAUUUCCUCGAUCUAUAAUGCAGAAGUGGGGUUGCAGGAAGUGGGAACCUACCUAAUCAUUGACAAUUUAAUAAUCUGUUAGCUAAAAUGUUAACAGAUUAUUAGGAUUUACAAAACCCUAUUGUUUUUCCUUCUGACCUCUUCAAUUACCUUUUCCUCCAAACUUGCGUCAUCUUGUGUAAGAUUUACAAAACCCUAUUGUAAUGGGAAUUUUAAUGUUUGUGCUUUUCUUAUAACUAAUUUCUGUGUUCUAUUCAUGUGCUGUUCUAUAAACCAAUUUCUGUGUUCAACCAAUUUCAAGUGGUUGACUCCUAUCAGUAACUGCAAUUUGGCAGUAUACCCAGACAUUGUUUUGAGAACAAACAAAAUAUAUCUCAUUUUCAAGGUCUCAGUUUAGAGAGAAGCCUCGUGAGGUGUUAGUCUGUCACAUGUUAUGAACCAGUAUUGGUCGGUCACAUGAAUGAAACAAAACAGUAAUGAUUAAUUAAUUAUGCUAAAUCAUGCAAAUAUAACUUGUCUGUGUAGAGCCAUAUAUAAGACAACUGCUGGGACUGCCCAAAAAGAGCUCCUGAUUAACAUGUGUACUAUGGUGCAUUGAGUUAGUUGGAACCUCUCCAGUGCGCUGACAAAUGAACAAUGAUUAAUUUAAGAUUGACUUUGAGUGUUCUUGUGUAAGAAUUUCCACAAAUAAUUAGUUCCACCUGAAAUUUACCCUGAAAAUAUUACUAUUAUAUAUUUUCCCAUUAAGCUUUUCAGCAAUUAACAAUGUGUGCAGUAAUUUAGAUUGGAGUCUGUGCCUCGCUAGCAGUAAUAGAUAUGUGCAUGCAGGCAGCCUGCUUGCUGGAGUGCAUUGGUCAACUUUCCAUACAGCAGUUGGGACAGAGUGCAGGUAGUCUGCACAACAAUACAGCUGGAAAACAAAGACAGUUUUUUUUGUGUACAUUUUGAGAAACUAAGAAAAGAUUUGACUGCUGUGGUAUUUCCUGUUCUCCUGCAAUCUUGUUUUACAUUUGUAAGUAAAGCAGUGGCAUGUUUGGGAGAAGAACAUCAAGGAAAUGUGUUCUAAACAGAUAUCAAAAUGGAUUAUGGUCAUUGUAGUUAUUUACCACGUUUGAGUUAAACUAGGUUGAAUAUUGUUUUAAUAAAAACUCUGCCUCCCAACUCUGUGGCAGGGUAGCCUAGUGGUUAGAGUAUUGGACUAGUACCUGAAUGGUUGAAGGUUCAAAUCCCUGAGCUGACAAGGUACAAAUAUGUAAUUCUGCCCCUGAACAAGGCAGUUAACCCACUGUUCCUAGGCAUCAUUGAAAAUAAGAAUUUGUUCUUAACUGACUUGCCUAGUUAAAUAAAGGUACAAAAAUAAAAAAUAAAAUAAAAAAAUGGA